AUGGCUACGACCACAGUUGAGACCACAGCCCCAGCUGCGGAAUAUACAACAGUGCAGUUAAUGACACCGCAUGGACCUGUCUCCCGUCGAGUGCGCUGCGGCGAGCCACGCACUCCAACGCUUGAUGAAAUGCCCAUUAUAGACCUCAGCACACUAGAUGGAGAUGAGACUGCGCGCAAAACCCUAGCCACCAAGAUCCGAGCGGCUGCAGAGAACACAGGGUUCUUCUACGUCUGUAACCACGGAAUUCCCCAAGAUUUGAUCGAGGGUGCUGUUGAACAGGUCAAGGCCUUCUUCGACCAAUCUUUAGAAGAUAAAGAUCGGGUCGCGUUUGAUAAAGCCGGCAAGUUCUGUGGUUAUCACGGGAUUGGAACAACGCAAAUCAACAACAAGGAAACCAGAGACAAGAAGGAAACUUUCUCUAUGCGAUAUGAUACUCGUAUCGACCCAGGCCAUGAUCGUGUUGAUGAUAUCAAUUCCAACUUCGAUGCCACAGAUUACGUCUGGGAUGGGACAAGUCAUCUUACAAACUUUCGCCCUGUUCUUACCGAGUUCUAUCAAAAACGGUUGAUGCUGGCACGCAAGCUUAUCCGCCUCUUUGCACUUGCUCUCCAACUACCCGAAGACUACUUUGACUCUAUUAUCACCACUCCCGGAGCUGACGCCGUGCAUAUUCACUACCCUGGCACUGAUGUUGGUGACACGGGCAACACUGAAGAUGUCGAUGUCGGAAUUGGAUCACACACAGACAUCCAGUGCGUGACUUUGCUCUGGCAGGAUAUGUCAGGUGGUCUGCAGGUUCUCUCAGCGGAUGAUGAGUGGCUAGAUGCCCGACCAAUCGAGGGAACCCUGGUCAUCAACAUAGGUGAUUUUCUACAGAGACUCUCUAACAACCGCUUCAAGUCGACUGUGCAUCGUGUUUACAACCGACAAAAGGCAUCUCGUUAUGCCAUGCCUUUCUUUCUGGGGUUCAAUCCGGACGCGGUCUGCGAGGUUGUGCCGACAUGUACUGACGAGGAUCAUCCUCCUCUCUAUGAGCCGAUCUCAUGCGGCAAGUGGCGUGACUCUCGUCUUAAGUUGGCGGAAAGGUCAGAAAAGUCAGAAAGGUCAGAAAGUGGAAAGGCCUGA